UCAUUCACUUAUUAGUUAUUAUACUGUAUUCGUUUUGCCGUCAUAUUUUUAAAGAAGAAUUAUUCUAUAAACAUAAUUAAUUAAUAAUUAUGAUAUAGUUUUCUUGAUCUUAUCUUCAUAGACAAUUUGUACAUUAUUGUAAAAUAUUAUACAAAUUUAAGAGUUUUUGUAUUAUGAAAAUACGUGUACCAUUGUGAUUGUUACUGAAAAUAUGAACGUGAUUUGUAAAUAGUCAGUAGAUAGUAUUGUUCAAUAUGUGGUCUUUUUUCUCGCGAGAUCCCGCUAAGGACUUUCCUUACGAAGUGGGCGAUCCUGUGCGUGGCCUAGAGGACAGGAGUGUGUGGACAUUACACAAAGGCAAGAAAAGGGGCACUCAAGACGAAGUGUCAAUAUUUUUAUUCGAUGUUAAUAAAAAUUCUGAAACUCAAUUCGAUAUAGCAAAAGCCUCAUUGAAGAAACUAAAGACUAUGAGACAUCCAAGCCUUUUACAUUAUUUAGAUAGCUGUGAAACUGAAAAAUUUUUAUACGUAGCUACAGAAUAUGUAGAACCUUUAGCUACUAAUAUAGAAGAUAAUAAACUAGAGGGUCUGCAGCGGGAUUUAUUCCUGGCAUGGGGUAUUUUCCAAAUUACUAGGGCAUUAUCAUUUUUUAAUAAUGAUGGAAACUUGAAACACAACAAUGUGUGUCUAUACUCAGUGUUUGUAACACUUGCGGGUGAGUGGAAGCUCGGAGGAUUUGAAUUCCUAUCAGCUCAUGGGCAGGAUAAUUCAAAUCCUUUGCCAAUAAAAAUAUUACCAAAACUAGAGAUCUAUGACCCACCAGAGAAGAAAGAUCAAACUAAAUUGAAAUCUAUGACAAAAUGCUCAACAGACAUGUGGGGCCUUGGCUGCUUAAUAUGGGAAGCAUUUAAUGGACCAUUGUCAAACCAACCAGCACUUAAAACUGUUGAUAAGAUACCAAAACAGCUAUGUACUUUAUAUUGUGAGCUAGUCAGUGCAAAUCCUGCUUCGAGACCUAAUCCUGCGGAUAUCAUCACAAGAUGUCGAAAAAUGGGAGGAUAUUUUAAGAAUGAUCUAAUUGAUACCAUGCUUUUCCUAGAAGAGAUACAAAUCAAAGACAAAAUUGAAAAAGGGAAAUUCUUCUCGACACUGAGCAGCUACUUGGACAAUUUCCCUGAACCUGUAUGCGUUCAUAAAAUUCUACCACAAUUGCUUACAGCAUUCCAUUACGGUGACGCCGGUUCUGCAGUAUUAGCUCCUAUGUUUAAGUUAGGAAAACUAUUAGAAGAUGCGGAUUACCAAAAGCAAAUAGUUCCAUGCGUAGUGAAGUUGUUUGCAUCCAACGACCGAACCACAAGGUCGCGACUGCUGCAACAGCUGGACCAGUUUAUUAUGCAUCUACAAAAUUCUACUGUAAAUGACCAAAUAUUUCCUCAAGUAGUACACGGAUUCUUGGACACGAAUGCAAUCAUUAGAGAACAGACUGUUAAAUCAAUAGUCCAUUUAGCACCAAAGUUAAACUAUAACAACUUGAAUGUAGAGGUGCUUAGACAUUUUGCUAGACUGCAAUCCAAAGAUGAUCAAGGUGGAAUUAGAACAAACACAACUGUAUGCUUAGGAAAAAUUGCUGCUCAUCUACACCCUCAAAUCCGCCAGAAAGUUCUGGUAUCAGCGUUCGUAAGAGCUACUCGAGAUGCCUUCCCGCCAGCGAGGCAAGCCGGUGUAUUAGCUCUAGCGGCCACACAACAGUAUUUCCUGUUAUCUGAAGUUGCGAAUCGAGUGCUUCCUGCGCUUUGCCCGCUGACAGCUGAUCCAGAGAAGCAGGUUCGUGAUGCAGCAUUUAGAACUAUUAAAGGUUUCCUCGGUAAAUUGGAGAAAGUUUCAGAAGACCCCAGUUUAAAAGAAGGAAUGGAAGCAGACGUCCACACCGCGACACCGUCCCUCAGCAAUGCAGCGGCGACGUGGGCGGGCUGGGCCGUCACUGCCGUCACCGCCAAGUUCUACCGCUCGCACUCCGACACCGCGCGCGUGCAGCACGCGCCCAAGUCCGUGCUGUCCAAGCCGGGCUCGCUCGAGCAACCGUCAUCGAGCAGUAUGUCCACUACGACCUCGUCCGUAACGUCGAUGACGUCACUCGAACACAGCGAGUCCGCUUCGGACUACGAUCCCGAACACUGGGACAUGACAGCGUGGGGAGAAAUAGAUUCCAGUGCGGGUACAACAGCCGCAAGCGCCAAGUCUCCGCCGAGCAGCGGCAGCGCGCAGGCCACGCCCGGCCUCGCCGCGCUCUGCGAGGACGACUGGGACAACGAGGAGUGGGGCACGCUGCAGGAGCAACCUGCAGCAGAAGCGGAACUGGCGAGCCCUUCAGAGACCUGGAACAACGCUCAGUGGACGGAGCCCAACGUGAACAAUGCAAACGCGACGUACGUGCGCGGUCCUCGAGUAGAUCACCGGACUGAGCAUCGAACCGAACACCGGGUCGCCGCGCAUCAGAACAGCAACGACUCCCUCGGCGGUUGGGAGGACGGGGAGUUCGAGCCCAUCGAGGAGAACGCUGAUGAAAACAAUGCAUCAAAAAUGGAUGAAAUGAGACGUAAACGAGAAGAGAGGAAGUUACAAAGGCAACGUGAAAUGGAAGCAAGAAGAAGCGCUCGUGGUCAGGGACCCAUGAAACUUGGUACCAAGAUAACGACACCCCCUCCUCCUUUCUAAUUACUUCCACGUCAUUAAUACUGUAUUUAUCAUACGUGACUGUAUAAGACACCACUGAUUUCCAAGGCCCUAAGUAGAGGGAACGAAGUAGAAGUCUAAAGUAAAUUUAUAAUCACAAAAGAAAUAUUUUUUUUACAGUUUUGAUAAACCAGCGCUGGCUGAUGUCUGGUUAUUAUAUUCAUGAAGUUAUUUGUUUCUUACGGAUACUAGAAUUGUCUAUGUGAUUGAGAGCUACCAUUGAUUCUACUCACAGAUAAAUCAUACGAUAUAUCAGAUGGGUAUUUGUGAUUCAAUAAUUUUUUUAAAUGUCAAUAGACAAUUGUAUUAUCUGUUAAAGAUCUAUUCACUCAUGAAGGCGCGCCCCUGCACGUAAAUUAAUCAGCGUUCAUUAGUAUUGAGUGACGCUCGUGCUUAUAAUAUAACUUAGUGUGCGUGAGGAUUAACAAAACAUUAUAAUUCAAAUUAAAUUAUAUUUGUUUUAAAUUUAACGCGGAGGGGUUUGUGUGAAUAGACCUACAGGUUUUUUUUAUAUAGUGACUGAGUAUUAGUCAUACAACACAAUAGAAUAGUGCCUCAUUAAUGUAAACGUUUUUUCGAAUUUUAUGGAUUGAUAGACUCGAGUUGCUCUCUCCGGCCCAUAGAUAAAUAAAGUUUUGUUUGUUUCAUGUGCUGUGCUGUAAAAGUUAGCUUAUAAAUACAUUUAUAUUAUAUAUAGGGUGUUCGUAAUGAGUUUUGUUUUAUUUUAAAUAAAGAUUUUAUGGGUGGGAAUAAUAACAUUCCACAUGUUAAUCUUUUUAGUCUUUAAUAAUUAUUUUUUACUAUCAAAUUAACAUAAUUAAUUUUUCUAGCUAUAAUGUUCUCGCUACAUAAAAUGUUUAUUUAUACUGUCUUAUAGUGUAGAAUUUACUAAAACACACAGAGAAUGACGCGCAUUUCAAGUAAAACAUUUUAUAUGAAAUAAUUAAAUAU